UUUCCUCCACGGGGUAUGAAGCGGAGGAAGCAACGAGGCUGAAACACUUGUCUGCUGCUGCUGCUGCUUCGUGUUCUUUCUCUCCCCAAAUGUUUUCAUCCUUUUGCUGCAUGAUUUCAAAUUGGUGGCUGUGAUUUUUCCAAUGGGGGUAAAUUGGUAUCAUUGGACAGGCUGAAAUAAGCAGGGAAAGGCAGUACUUCAACUCAAUUCCAUGCCAAUAAGGGCUUUCAAAGGCAAAAUCAGCACCUUGAACUGGAGCCGCAAGCAAACUGGCAACCAAGGCAGUUUUCGGAGCAGAGGAAAUGCCAAGAGGAGCCUUCUGGAUGGCAAAGAAUCAGAAGCAGCUUUAAAAAGGAAAGCGAAUCUGAAACAUCUGGUAAACGUCUUUUCCCUUUCCUCCAGAAUACCACAAAACCCUUCUCUUUCCUCAGCCAGUAAGAGACAAGAGAGAAAAAAAAUAGGAAGAGUUUUACACUGAUAAACAAUUAUUGUAUGUGGAACUCAAGGAAUCAGUAUAUAAAAAAAUAAACGUGGAACAUUUCCAGAUUCAGAAAAAGAGGAAAUAUCUAGAAGUCUGUGAGGAGGAAGCACUCAUUCCAGACAAUAAUGCAGGCCUUACCCUGUGAGAAAACAAACAGCUUGAACCAUUCAAGAAGAGAUCACAAAUAUUUUUGACCUCCUCAAGAAUCUAAGAGUAUCAGUGGCCGAAAAGCUCCACAGAUAUGCAUAUGGCGGGAAAAACACAGAUUGCAAAUCAGAGCUGAUUAUGCAUCACACUGGUGAAAAACCAUACAAAUGCUCUGAAUGUGGCAAAGUCUUUCGCUACACUUCCCAACUUACUGAGCAUAAAAUAACCCAUACUGAAGAAAAGCCCUACGAGUCCCCACAGUUUAGCAAAAAGUUUAGUAAGCAUGCCAACCUGCUGAUACACAAGAGGACACACACCGGAGAGAAACCAUAUGAGUGUUCGGAUUGUGGGAAAUGUUUCAGUAAGAAUUCCAACCUGGUGAUACACCAAAGGACUCACACAGGAGAAAAACCAUAUGAGUGUCCAGAUUGUGGGAAAAGCUUUAGUCAUAAUUCCUACUUGGUUAUACACCAGAGAACUCACACUGGGGAGAAACCAUAUGAGUGUCCAGAUUGUGGGAAAAGUUUCAAUAAUAAUUCUAACCUUGUGAGACACCAGAGGACUCAUACAGGAGAGAAACCAUAUGAGUGUCUCUACUGUGGGAAAAGCUUCAGUCAGAACUCUUGCCUGGUGAUCCACCAGAGGACUCAUACAGGCGAGAAACCAUAUAAGUGUCCAGAUUGUGGGAAAUGUUUCCAACAGAAUUCCAACCUGGUCAUACAUCAGAGGACUCACACAGGAGAGAAACCAUAUGAAUGUUCGGAUUGUGGGAAAUGUUUCAGUAAGAAUUCCAACUUGGUGAUACAUCAAAGCACUCACACAGGAGAGAAACCAUAUGUGUGUCUAUACUGUGGGAAAAGUUUCAGUCUCAACUCUUACUUGGUGAUACACAAGAGGACACACACCGGAGAGAAACUAUAUGAGUGUCCAGUUUGUGGGAAAAGUUUCAAUCAACAUUGUAACCUUGUGCAACACCAAAGUACUCACACAGGAGAGAAGCCAUAUGAGUGUCCAGAUUGUGGGAAAGCGUUCAGUUCGAAUUCUGACCUGGCGAGACACCAGAGGACUCACACAGGAGAGAAACCGUAUGAGUGUCCAGAUUGUGGGAAAACCUUUAGUCGUAAUUCCUACUUGGUUAUACACCAGAGAACUCACACUGGGGAGAAACCUUAUGAGUGUACAGAUUGUGGGAAAAGUUUCAAUAAUAAGUCUAAUCUUCUUAAACACCAGAUGAUUCACACAGGAGAGAAACCAUAUUAAUGUCCAAAUUGUGGGAAAGCGUUCAUUUCUGACCUGGUGAGGCACCAGAGGAUUCACACAGGAUGAGUUACUGGAUUGUGGGAAAAGUUUCAGUUGGAACUUCCACCUGGUGGAAUAAUAGGGAACUACAAAAGAGGAGCCCUUUGAAUGUCCCAAUUGUGGGAAAGCUUUCACAAGUAGGUUUAAUCUAAUAAAUUAUGUCAGUUUACACACAGAUCAAAAGCCAUUCAGAUGCCCAGUACUCAUAAAGGAGAAAAACCAUCAGCCAAGUUUAUUUAGACAUGAGAGACUCAACCAGAAGAAAUGCUCAGACACAAGACGAUUUGCUUGCAAAAAUCAAUGAAUUAGUAAAUGAGAAUUAGAAUUUCAACAAGAGUUUUCUGAAAGCAAAGAAAGAAACUAAAUAUAACUAUAUAUAAUUAGAAUUUUCCUAAGGCAUCAAACCAUUCUUAUUAUAUCCAAUUUGAUAUAUUACAGAAAGAUAGGAGUCCUUGAGGCAUAGUGGUUAGAAUGUACUAUUGCAGAGACAGUAACCAUUCCAAGAUAGUUACAACCAUUCAUUUAGUGAGCAUUCAAAGUUACAUCACUGAAAAAAGUGAGUUAUUACCCUUUUUCGUACUUAGGACCAUUGCAGCAUCAACAUUCAGAUGCUUGGCAACUGAUGGUUGCAAUGUCCUGGGGUCAUGGGAUCCCCUUUUGUGAUCUUCUGACAAGCCAAAUCAAUGGGGAAGCCAGAUUUACUUAACAACUGUGUUACUAAUUUAACAGCUGCAGUGAUUCAGUUAUCAAAUGUGGCAAGAAAGGUUAUAUAUAUUUUUUACUACCGGUGCUGUGGGUGUGGCUUAGUGGGCGUGGCUUGGUGAACCCGGCAUGGGAAGUAUACUGUAAUAUCUCCAUUCCCACCCCACUCCAGGGGAAGAUUACUGAAAAAUCCCCAUUUCCUCCCGAUCAGCUGGGACUCAGGAGGCAGAGAAUGGAUGGGGGUGGGGCCAGUCAGAAUUUUUAGUACCGGUUCUCCGAACUACUCAAACUUUCCGCUACCGGUUCUCUAGAACUGGUCAGAAUCUGCUGAAACCCACCUCUGUCUGUCCUCUGCCCAAAGGUUUUAUGUCUAUUAUCCUUGUUUUCUUAUCCUUCUCAUGUUUCCUACUACUUUUUCCUAUCAGUAUAUUAUGUGAUCAAUUAUUGUAUCUUAUGACUUAUGAUUGCCUUAUGAUGUAUGACUAUCAAUUUUAUUAUCAAUUAUCAAUACACUGAAAGCGUAUGCACCGGAGACCAUUUCCUUAUGUGCAAAGCACACUUGGCCAAUAAAGAAUUGUAUUCUAUUCUUUCCAAUUUUUGAUUAUUUUUUUUUCAAAUUCCAUGUCUGACUACAAGCACUGAAUUGCUCAGAGUCCCUCUGUCUUCAUUUUCACUUUUCAUUUUCCAUAAAGAUUUGUCCAAUGGCUUGCUGAAAUCCAAGUAUACCAUCUGCAGAGCAUUUUGCUGCUCUGGUAAUUUAAUUGCUUAAAUCAAAAAAAGGCAAUGACGUUUCUUUGGCAAAACCUGUUUCUAACUGAAGGGAAACAAUAAUAAGGAUAUAAUAAAUAAUACUAGAAUAUGAUAUACUGGUAUACUAGAUUCUGUAACCAUUAGGUUCCUGUAAUACAUAUAUGCCUUUGUAUUUGUAUCACAUAUAUUAUGCCUUUAUAUUUGUAUCUCCUGUAACAAACAUAUUCUGUUAUUAGACCUCUGUAAUGUAUCUGGUAUUUGUCAAAUGUAUGUCCCUGCCAUUUGACCUGAACUCAUAUCAAUCUUCUUUCUGUGCUAUCUAAAAGCAUGGUACCUAUCUCAGUUGAAACUACAGCCAUCAAGAAAGGGAUAAUUUACACCUCAGCCCUAAUUUAUGUUUGAUCUGGAUAAACUCCUGUCUUCCAGAGCCAGGGAGCUAAGUGGCCAAUUGAGUAAACAAAGAAAUGCUUAAGAUAAAACUAAUUGGGAAGUUUCUAUUCCCCCUUGCAGGGCAACAAGGAAUUCACAAACCUAAAUUAGGAGGCCAGAAUUGGGUACUAAGCUGACUUCUCUGAGGGUAUAAAAGGACACCAUACCUUCCCCAAGGUGUGGCUAUCUCCUCACAUGCAUUGUAUCUGUAUGUUCUGGAUAUAGUUCCACCCAGUAUUUUGUUUUUGGCCAUAAAUAAAAUCUGCUUUUUGCAA